AUGACGAACUCCAUUGACAACGACUCUAUCAAAAUAGCACUGAAGGACUCAGACUACGGAUCAGUCCUCAGAAUGACAGAAAACAGCGCGUUCAACGAAGCUGCUAUUCUAACCCCCGCGUACUCCCAAGCGAUCGACGAAAUCCUUGGUGAACAAGACGCCAGAACUGCAGCGUGUACAUCCCUCACCGUCUGCAUUAUACGAACCACGAAGCUGCUGGAAGAUGUAGCCAAUCGUGUUGACCUUGAUGAAGCAACUCGGAAACUUGCUAUACUUCAUCUGCAACGGUGGAUCAGAAACUUCGCACUUCACUUACUCCCCCUCGACUUCUCCGAUAUCACUGAUCAAGCGAUAAAGAAAGUUGAAGUGAAGCCACUUGUAGAAGAACCCCGCCCGGUACGCCCACUGAGAAGAAAGAAGGCGGCUACCAUAGAUCGAACCCGCACCACGCUCUGCAAGCACUGCGGAGGAUAUGGACAUAAGUUCAGAAAAUGUCCAGAUUAUGUUUGUUGCAUCUGCGAUGAACUCGGACCUGACCACCUGUCUGUCCACUGCCCACGACUCGAAGGACGCAUUGUGCUCCAAGAGUUUAGUGAUGAAGAGAAGUUUUUCGAAGCUCUUUUAGAUUGGGAGCAUAACCACAAGGCACUCGCGAACCUAGAACUUCGGCAUCCCACUGAACUUUCCCCAGUCCCUGAAACUCCCUCUGUACCUUCCGUCUCCACGUCAGCAAUUCCCGCACUACCUACUGCUACGAUGGAAGAAGAUGCUUAA